AAGAAUCUCGUGCCUAACAAAACACUGUAAAAAGCCUGUGUUUUCUUCACUCUUCUCUCUCUCUCUCUCUCUCUUAUAAUAUAAACCCUUCACAACAUGUCUCAUUUUUCCCCCAUAACCCCCCCCCUGAUACUCUCUAACUUAAGCUUGUUUUGUUCUUUUGUGUUUUGGUUUGAAAAUGCCAUCCAGUUCUGCAGAUCAAAGUAGGCGUUUUAACAAGGGGCUUAACAAUGGCGCCCCACCACCAGAACAAGAACAACUGCUUUGCCCACGGUGUGAUUCCACUAACACGAAGUUUUGUUAUUACAACAACUACAACUUUUCUCAGCCUCGUUAUUUCUGUAAGUCGUGUAGACGUUAUUGGACUCAUGGUGGUACACUUAGGGACAUCCCUAUUGGCGGUGGCACUAGGAAAAAUGCUAAGCGUUCACGUAGCAACAUUAGCACCACCACCAGCUUUUCCACAACCAAUGCUGCUGCUAGUGCCGCCACCACCACCACCACCACCACAACCAGUUAUAAUAGCUUCCCAUUACCUGCUACCCCGGUUUUGUUGCCAAUCUCAGCCAACCAAGGAAGCUUUAGUAUCGGUGGAGAGUCCAAAGGAAGCAAUAUAUUUGGAAGUUUCACUUCAUUGUUGAAUACCCAAGGACCUGGAUUUCUAGCACUUGGUGGGUUUGGGCUAGGUAUUGCUCCAUCACUUGAUGAUGUUGGGUUUGGGCUUGGAAGAGGAAUGUGGCCUUUGCCAUGCGUAGGAGAUGGAGGAGCCGCCGGUGGUGGUGGUGGGCGUGGUAAUGGUGGAGCUGCCACGGGGAUGGGGAAUGCAUGGCAGUUUGAAGGUGCAGAGACUGGAUUUGUUGGUGGGGAUUGUUUUUCUUGGCCUGAUCUUGCUAUUUCAACCCCUGCCAAUGGGGUCAAGUGAAUAUCAUCACCUCUCUUGGGGGGUUCAUUGUUCAUGUUAAUUUCUAGUACAAGGUUAACUUUCGUACUAAUUUACUAGCUACAUGAAAGUACAAAUAGGACUAUAUAACCCUUUUGUUUAUUUGCUCUUUGGUGACUUAAUGCCAUGGGAUUUGUUUUUGUCUUGUAGUUGUAUUCUCCACCAUCUUUAUGUUAGGAACAUGAACUUAAAUCAAAAUGAUGUGAGUGUAGUUUUUGGUGUUGAUAUGUUAAACCUACUAGGUAUUUUUCUCAAAAUUUCCAA